AUGUCCACUUUCACGGGACACGAAAACGGGCUCGAAAACUACCCGGAGAUCGGUGUACAGCACAAUAACAUCUGGAACACGGAUUUCGAGAAGGUGUGUUUCGAUGCAGGUUAUGUUUUUGCUAUUUUCUAUAUCAAGAUGAAAGUGUUAUUAGCUGAUAGUGAACAGGAAAUCGAUGAAACGGAUUAUACUCAAGAUACCGAUAUUCCUCGUAAUAUAGAUUUCAGGAAGGGUAAGACAAGAAUACCUAUAGCAAUAAUGGCUUCAACACCAGUUUCAUCAUUAGUUCACUCAUCAAGAUUAGUAACAGCUGGGGUUUAUUUAAUAAUUCGUCAUGAAGAAUUAUUGGAAUUAAAUUUUAAAAAUAUAAUUCUAUUCAUAUCAAGAUUAACUAUAUUAUAUUCUGGUAUUUCUGCAAAUUUUGAAUUAGAUAUUAAAAAAAUUAUUGCUUAUUCAACCUUAAGACAAUUAAGAUUUAUAAUAAGAAUUUUAUCAAUAAAUUUAAAAAAUUUAGCUUUUCUUCAUUUAUUUAUUCAUGCUAUAUUUAAAUCAUUAAUAUUUAUAUGUGUAGGAAGAUAUAUUCAUUAUUUAAAUAAGAAUCAAAAUAUUAAAUUUUAUAAUGGAAUAUUUUAUAUUUAUCCAGUAAAAAGAAUAAUUUUUAUUUCUUCAUUAUUAAGAUUAAUAGGUUUUCCUUUUUUAGUUGGAUUUUAUUCUAAAGAUUUAAUAUUGAACCUUAUGCUGUUAAUGAGAAUCGCAUUGGCUAUUUCUGACCUCUAUUUUUGA